UCCUUAACCACCACCCGGCAACUUCUCAUUUGCCCCUUUCCAUAUCUGGUACCCAGUUGGAUCUAUCAUUCCGGGUCGGCACCUGAUCAAAGGUGCUCUCGGCUGUAAUUACUUUCCCACGGCAGCCGUAGUAUGCGGGCAUCACCAAACCUUGGUCGUUAGAUCCUACCUACCGAAACAAAAGCCAAGACAAUCCCGAUAUCUUUGAUGUCACUUUCUCGCACAUACCUAGUUAUCCGUUCACAAAUCAUGCCCGACAUGAUACCGCUUCUCUUAGCAGCCCUCUUGGCGACGCGGUUCUCCGGGCCGGCCCUCGUCUCGGCCCACGGCGGACUGGCUAACUACACCGUCGGUGAUGUUUGGUAUCCGGGCUACGACCCAAACUCCCCUCUCGGCCCUCUCCAACUCUCCCAAAUCGGCAUCCCCCAACGCUCCUACUCCUCCAUCGACCCGCUCUUCUCCCCCACCUCCCCCUUUUUGGCAUGCAACACCCCCGGCCUCUCUCCCCCCAACUCUCCCCAGCAUUACAUCUCUCUCGCCCCCGGCUCCAAGCUCACAGCCAUCUACUACUACUGGCUGCACCCCGUCGGUCCCAUGUCGGUGUGGUUAUCCGCUCCCUGCCCAAACGACGACUGUACGGCUGUCAAGUUAGAGGAGGUGAGGUGGUUCAAGAUCUGGGAGGCAGGGUUGUUAAGUGGGCCGAAUCUGGCUGAGGGAAUGUGGUUUCAGAAGCAGUUUCAGAACAUAAAGUGGGAUGGGGACGCAUAUGGGGAGAAUCGGUGGGAGGUGGUGAUUCCAAGGGGGGUGAAAGAGGGGAGGUAUAUUGUUCGACAUGAGAUUUUGAGCUUGCAUGUGGCGGGGAGGCCGCAGUGGUAUGUUGAGUGUGGGCAUUUGGAUUUGAGGAGGGGGACAACAAAAGGGGAGAGGGUGAAGGUUGGGGGAGGGAAAGGGGAGGUGGGUAUAAAGGGGGAGGAAGAGGGAGAGGGAGAAGGAGAAGGAGAAGGAGAAGGAGUGUUGCCGCCGGAGGAGUAUUGGGUUAGGUUUCCGGGGGCUUAUAGGGAGGAUGAUCCGGAUAUCUUCAUUGAUGUGUACUCGGAGGAGAAUGCGAAUAGGACGGUGAGUGGUGAAUUCUUUAUAGCUGGUAUCACCGAAACCGUCGGUGAAGCUGACCCAGAUAUCGAAUGAACAGGAAUACAUUGUCCCCGGACCGAGGAUAUGGCCUGGGUAUGUCUUUCCAAUACUCAGUACCUUUGUUCUACCGCUUGAACCUGGUCCUGAACAGAGAGCU